AAAUAGAGAAAGAAAGAAAGGAAGGAAGGAAGGAAGGAAGGAAGAAAGAAGAAAAAGAAAACAAACAGAAGUAAUUAAAUUAAAAUCGUAUCCGACUGGAACAACUUACGUGCAUUUUUUUAAUAAUUAUUGGUAAGAAAAUUAAGCAAAAAAAAAUAAAACAGAAGAAGAAGAAGAAAAAGAAAAAAACAUUAUUACGUUAAAUUCAUCCUACGCGAAAGUGUGUCUCCUCGAAGAAAGCAGGGCUCCGUUUCGUUUCGAGAAAAAGACAGAGAGAGAGAGAGAGAGAGAAAGAUAGAGAGAGAGAGAUAAAAAGAAACAGACAGAAAGAAAGAAAGAGAAAGAGAGAGAAAGAGAGAGAGGGAGAGAGAGUUGUUUCAAGUAACUUCGAGAAAAGCCAUGAGUGAAAACCGGAAGCGUUCGUGCGUUCAACCCUCCGCGGGUGAGGGCUGAAUUUUUUAACAGCCGCCAUUUUUAUUUAUAACUUAUUUGUCAAUUUAAACCACUUUUAUAUACUUGUUUAACUUUUUCUUUUUUCGCUCAUUUUAAACGUUGCAAAAUAUAAGAAAAAAAAAUCUUCUCGUUGUUCGUGUGUCUACGUUUACGAAUAAGUUUUCUCCCUCCCCUCUCUCGGUGUACCGUGCGAAAAAGGGAGAGAGAGGGAGAUUUCGCGCGUGCUAAACAGAAGGAAUAUUAUUAUUAUUAUUAUUAUUAUUAUUAUUAUUAUUACUACUUUGUUUUGUGUGUAUUGACAAUAACUAUGCGGAAGGGAUCAAUUAUGGGGACAACGUUGAUUGAAGAUCGUUGGUUUUAAUACAUCGCGAACGAAGAAUAAGAAUAAGAAUAAGAAUAAGAAGAAAAUAAUACAAGAUUACUAUUUCAGAAGAAGAUAGUUAAAUAGAGGAAGACGAUUGGUUCAACAAGACGAAGUAAAGAAGAAGAAGAAGAAGAGGAAGAAGAGGAAGACGAAGAAAAGAAAACGAAAGAUUGGAUAGACAAGGAUAAAGAUAUCGAAAGACGAUUGUUGUGAUAUUAUUGUAUUCAUGUUGUUCUAUCCAUAUAGAUAUAUAUAUAUACAGAAAGUAUAUUAAUAUAAAUUAGUUUAGUUGUGAUUAGUUCUCUUAUUUCGAUAGAGUACACCGUAGUAUGGAAACCGAGAUGUACAUAAAAGACGAAUUAGAAGAGAAACAUUUUAAUUUGGAUAGAAACGGUAAACAACAAUUAUUAACAACAACGAUGAAAUACGCGUCAACGAAUUCAAUACCAUCGACGAUGGAUGAAGAGAACGAACAUUCUUUUGAAAGAAUAACAGCUGAACGAUUUACCGGUGGUGGUAAAUCGGCGGCCAUCUUGAGAGAUAGUACUACAGCAAGUAGUGCCUCAGCUGCUAAAGGUAGAAGGUACAGUGUACUCGAAGAUUUAAAAGCACGUAGGGACAGUCUCUGGCAAAGGGCACGUCGUGCAAGUACAUUCGACGAAAAGGAAAAUGCUAAACAAUUGAAAAUCGUUUACGGUAAGGAUAAAAGAAGAAGUAGCGACGGUGGCGCCAAUAGAAGGGGAUCGGUUUUUUACGUAACUGAUGAUCUUCUUGAAGAAAAACGGGAUGUUCUCGAAAACGAGGAAGAGGAAAGAGCUGCCAGGAUUGAAGCGAAAAAAGGUAGAAGAAAGUCAUGGCAUCCACUUGCUAAUAAACCAUCCAAAUCUGAAAGGAAAAGGAAAAAGGCUGUUGUUGGUGCUGCACCAUUGGAACAAGUUGCCAGUGCUGAAGCACUUUAUACUCAAACCAGACAGAAGAGACCUUCUUGGUGGAAUAUAUUUGUACCGGAUUCCGUUUCCAGGUCCAGGCGAAUGUCCCAGGAUAUCACACAUUCAAGAUCUACAGAGAGUCUUAUAGGGUCUUACACCAGGAGUAAGAGCCGAAGCGUGGAUCAUGGAUUCACAGCGCCCUUCGAUUUGGAUUCUUUGCGAAAUAAGGUCGAAGGACGAUUCGAAUCGGUCGACAAGCUAUCGAAAGACUCCGAUAACGAGAGCAAAGAUGGUUCCACGACACAAGAAAAGAAACAUGGCCGCAUAUCUCAACCAAUUAACACUAUCGCGUACACGGUGGGCGACAGAGAUACGCUUACGUCAGUGGCAGCUAGAUUUGAUACCACACCCUCCGAGCUAAGUAAACUCAACAGGCUUGGUAGUACCUUCAUCUAUCCGGGACAACAAUUAUGGGUUCCAAACAAAAAAGAAGGCCGUCCUGAAGGCGGUACCACAACAGACGCGCCCAGUCCAGAUCCUUCACAGGAUCACGACUCUCAGGACGAUUUACCACCGGAAGAAAAAGAACUACUAGACAAUUUACGACCUGUAUCACCUAAACCAGGCCACAUCGAAAGAGUUAAGACUCCUCUUGGGAGUGGAAAUGCUGUUAUGGAAGAUGACGAGCAACCAUUUAAGGAAAGAUUUUUGAAGAUCAACGUACGUCAUAUUACAGAUGGACAGGGUGUGGUAGGCGGCGUAUUAUUGGUUACACCAAAUGCAGUUAUGUUUGAUCCAAAUGUCUCGGAUCCUCUUGUCAUCGAACACGGUGCUGAAUCUUAUGGGGUUAUCGCUCCUAUGGAAUUUGUAGUUAAUGCUGCAAUAUAUUACGAUAUCGCUCAUAUGAGAGUGGGACAUGCAAAAUCUGGCACUUUGGAGAAAAAGCCUGAUAUAUAUUACAUGAAAAAGCCUUCUCAAGGGGAUAGUCAAAAAUCUCAGUCACCAGGCAAAGAUGAAACUUUUCCUGAAUUGGCAGCUGACGAUAACGAAAGUGUAUGCAGUUGUGCAGAAAGAGAAGGGGAUGCUUUUCCAAAAGCUUUUGAUAGAGAACUCGUAACGCCUACAAAUCUUCAAAAUGACGAUAAUUUAGCGCCAACUAAAGAGAAGGAAGAAAAAGAAGAAAAGGAAAGUAUUGUAAAAGAACCAUGCAUCGGUGGUCAAGGGAGUAGAACGUUAGAAGAACGUAGGAGAUCGAUGUUAGAUCAUCAUUGGGCAGUUCCUAGCAAGGAUCGAAGUACAUUUUCGGUCGACGAUGAACAACAAGAUUCUUUAAAUUCUGACAAGACAGAAUCAGCAAAAUCCAAUGCCAUUCCUGAAAACGAGGAAGGAUCUCUAGUCAAAAUGUCGUGUCAUGAUUCUGGCAUAGACAUACGUGAUCCCAACCCACCGCUUCCUAUUGUUCAACCUAUGCCGGCAAAAAAAGUAUAUUCAGAUGCGGAUAUUGUUUUGUCUUCGGAUUGGGUUCCACCGAUAACAAUAGCUCCAACUAAUAUCACAACAAGUUCAUUAGAUAGUGGUCCUACCAUCAAUGGUAGAAAGAAAGCUAGUUCGGUAUCAUUUAGUUUAGAUAGUAAUAACGAAGAACCUGAGAAGGAUGAGGAACAUAAGGACGAUGAUAAACAAGAAUCUAGGAAAAAUAAGAUGUUAAAACGUUUAUCUUAUCCGUUGUCAUGGGUUGGAAUGGAAGGACUUACGGGUGACAGAGAAGACGAAAGUAAAUCUGUGUCUGAUAGAGUUUCAAGCUUGCCAAAUAGCGCUGAUUCACAUCAUUCAUCUGUCUUCAGUAAAGUCUUCUCAAGCUCGCCGAUCAACCUGGUGAGUGACUUUAGCUCGGGCCUCUUUGCUAAAACUCCCAGCGAAGAGAGUGGUGGGGGCGGUAGGGCUGGAGGAACACCUCCACUUAUCGCCUCCUAUCUCUCCCAGGAUUCCGGCAAUGCUCAAUUUUCACCAGGUCCAGGAGGCCUAAUUGGGGUCCCCCAGAUGGUUCCUGCUUUCAGACGUUCUUCUGUUGGUACUUUCAUCAGACAACAACCUCUAACAUCAUCAGGUAGUAGCAGUGUCGACAGUAGUCGUGGAAGUAAAACUUCAACGACACAAGCACCACGAUUGGAUUAUCGCAGUAUGGUUUCAGUUGAGGAUAUGCCCGGACUGUUUGUCAGUUUUGACAUCCAAGCACCUAAUUUUCCUGAACUUGAAGGCCUCGAACUGAUACCAAGACCAGCACGAUCUUGUGAAGAUCCACCAUUGUAUUUGAGACUGCGUACUGGAAGACCCAAAGAUAAAAAAAUACCCCGAUCUACACCUAUUAUGAGUUAUGGCAAGAAAAAACUGCGUCCUGAAUAUUGGUUCAGUGUUCCACGUAAUAGGGUGGAUGAUCUUUAUAGGUUUAUUCACGCGUGGGUGCCUAACCUUUAUGGUGAACUCGAUGAAAAUUAUUGGAGGGAACGUGGGUAUAUUUUAUCUGACACCGACACAGAUUUAUCGCCUGAAUUGACAACACAGGAAUCUGGCGAAAGUGGAGAAUCAACCGAAGAGGGGAAGGCACGUAAUCAAGAUGGCGAUGAUAUAUCCGAAUUAACGAGAGAAUCUUGGGAGUUGAUCAAGGCCCCCUACGUAAAGCUGUACGCCAUCCUGAAGACGUCAAGCACCUCGGCUGAUUCCGAGCAGACUCAGGACCCGGAGGUGCUGUCUAUGAGCGAGGAGCUAAGGAGAGCUCUCUAUGCGAAUAGUGCAGUCUCACUAGACAACGAUAUAAUUAUACCGGAUCUUGUUGGUACAACAGAGAUUCUCAGCGACGAACACAGAGAACAUUUAUGCAGACAUUUACCAGCAAGAGCAGAAGGCUACCUUUGGACUUUAGUAUUCAGUACGAGUCAAAAUGGUUUUAGUCUGAACAGUAUGUACAGAAAAAUGGGAAAAAUCGAAAGCCCAAUUUUGCUGGUCAUCGAGGACACUGAGGGUAAUGUGUUUGGAGCAUUGACUUCCUGUGCAUUGCAUGUUAGUGAUCACUUUUACGGUACCGGCGAGUCCUUACUCUUUAGGUUCACACCAAGGUUCCAAGCUUUCAAUUGGACUGGUGACAACCUUUAUUUCAUUAAAGGCAACAACGAGAGCCUUGCCAUAGGAGCUGGAGAUGGUAAAUUUGGACUCUGGUUGGACGGUGACCUUUAUCAAGGAAGGACACAAUCAUGUAGCACAUAUGGCAAUGAACCAUUGGCACCACACGAAGACUUUGUCGUUAAGACACUGGAAUGUUGGGCGUUUAUAUAGGAUUUGGCCUCAUAUUAUUCAUCUGCUACCUCAUCCUCGCCGCAGCCUAAUUUGACUUGAAUCUGAGUACCUUUCUCUGCCGAUGAUAUCUAAAUCUCUAAGGAGAGAUCAUGGGGAAUGACAUGAUAAAGAGAAAUAAUUAAUCUUUUGAGGAAAAACUAAUAAUUAUAAUCAAGAAGAAGGACGAAGUCUUAAUAAAAAGAAAAAGAAGAAGAAGAAGAAGAAAAAGAAUGAGAUAAUACGUUUGCCCAAAGAGAUUAUAAAAAAUUACUGAUCAUUGAUUGUCCUUAUCGUAUAUAAACGUACAGUAAUAAUAAUAAUAUAUAUAAAUAUAACAGCAGAGAGGAACAACAAUAAAAAUUACCGAGUUCGAUCAAUGGAUCAAAGAAGAAUAGCGUGUGUCCUUUUCGAAUAAAUCGAAAGGAUUUUCAUAAUAAUAUUAAUAAUAAUAAUAAUAAUAAUAAUAAUAAUAAUAAUAUUAAUGAUAAUAAUAAUAAGAAGAGAAGUGAUAGGAAAAAGAGAGAGAAAGAGAUACAAAUUUUAUUUUAGAGCUGCCGAUGAUAAUAAAUGAGGAUGAUAACGAUGAUGAUGAUUAUGAUGAUAAUAGUAGAGAAGAAAACGGAAAAACAAAAUGGAGGUUUUAGGAAAAGAAUGAGAAAAAGAUAAUAAAUAAAUAAAAAA